AUGGCCUACUACGAUACUAUCAGAACCCAAGCCACCUUUUCUAAGCAAGCAUCGGCCGAGGAAAUGGAGAGCUUCGAGUCCCUGUACAAGUCUGACGAUUUUGACUCUGGAGUCAGUCGCUGGGGCCGCAAACACCUGUUUGCAAGUCGAGUGCUCUGCAGCAUACCCCAAAGGCGCCUCUCUCUAUUCGUCGAUGGCGGGGUUUUCCCAUCAUCUCCCAAGGGGGCACAUCCUUACAUCGAUCGAUUGAUUAAUGGUCCAGAACCCGCCUUCAUGACCAUGUGGGAGCCCCAGAUUGUUCAAAAAUGUCAGCCAGACUCUCUCGGCCAUGUUUGGGCUGCUUUAGCCCAGCUAUUGCGAAAACAGCAGGACAGCCCUGCAAUGUCAGACAGACCUACACGACAGCGAGUGGAAACGAGCCAAUAUGGAGACUACGUAUCGUCUGCAAGCAUUCAGGUUGGCAGCAGCCCGCCAACUAGGCUAGAAUCAGCGUCAGCCUCGUCUGAAUCAAGCGUUGGGUUCAUAGAUGAUUCAUCACCACCCCCACCAGAGGAUCUUACUGUGCGUCUAGCAAGCAGUUUUGUUCGUUUUGUCGUCAACUACGCCCAGCCAGAAAAUACGCUGUCCCCUCCUAUUCACUUCCGGGACCAGAGACUCACAAGCACCUACGAAACAAUGGUUGCAAAGAGAGUGGUUCAAGCAACCGACGAUGGCGGCUUGCAGUGUUAUGCUGAUCGACGUAUGAUUCAAGUGGCAAGUCUAGAAGGAAAGCGAUGGUUCCAGACCUUCUCCGGUGAUGGUCAUCCGACGGUCUCGGAUCGGACUUUCGGCCAGCUAGUGGGAGAGGCACUCGCCCUUCGACGUACCGGGAAGGCCGAAGUCAUCUCCAAAGUCGAGUAA